AUGACAGUAUUUGUUGUCAGUGAUAAAACUGCAUCUUUCAACUGCGAGGUCAUCGGAAUCCCAACCCCUGCCCUCAUCUGGCACAAGGUUAAAAGGGGUCACUAUGGAGUUCAAAGAGCAGAACUCUUGCCUGGUGACCGAGGCAACCUGGCCAUUCAGACCCGGGGUGGCCCAGAAAAGCAUGAAGUAACUGGCUGGGUGCUGGAAUCUCCUCUUAGUAAGGAAGAUGCCGGAGAAUAUGAGUGCCAUGCAUCCAAUUCCCAAGGACAAGCUUCGGCAUCAGCAAAAAUUACAGUGGUUGAAGCCUUACAUGAAAUACCAGUGAAAAAAGGUGAAGGUGCUGAGCUGUAAACCUGCAGAAUAUAUUAAUCUGCAUAGCUAAAAGUAGUCAUGGGUAACUACAACCCCUGUUCUUGCCUAAUAACCAGUUUCUUUUCAUCCAGUCCACUAACACUUUAGUUAUAUUCACUGGUUUUAAACCAUGAAAUACAAAAUAAAGAUAACACAUCA